AUGGCCCUAGUGAAUGAGUUUGCUGUACAUGUGGAUAGGGAAUCACCGAAUUCCCGAAUUCUCGAACCUUUUAUCGUUCAUAUCCUUUCACAACAUAUAUCCAACGAACGACAUGUCGUGCUAACAGGCCCGAUUCAGAGACAUUCAUACAGUUCAACCACCGCAUCGGUGGCUUUACGAAACGAGGCGAUCAAAAAAUUGACAUCGAAUGCACCAACGAAGGUCACUGGCGCUUUGAAAGAAAUGGUCACAGUAUCGUCGUAG